AUGACAGAGCCACAACCAAACGCUCGAACAGGCUCGACGCAGUUUUCUUCAAAACGCUGUCCAUUACGACACCAAACAAGUACUCUUCCAUCGGAACGGAAAAGACAAAACCGUGAUUCGUCAGCGGACGAAUACCAAUCGAACACGCAAGCUUCCACGCCGAGAUCGACACGUGCCGAGAGUGAGUCCGCAGCGCACGUGCGAUUGCCAAAAUUAAAUCUCCUAACGUUUUCGGGAAAAUAUGAGGAAUGGUUUCCGUUUCGAGACACUUUUACAUCGCUGACGGACAAAGCUCUCGACAUCAUAAAAACAUUAGAGAUAUCGGACAGCAACUAUGACCUUGCGUGGAACAUAUUAAAGGACCGUUACGAUAACAAGCGGUUAAUUGUGCAAACUCAUAUAAAAACGAUAUUCGAACUGCCGGCGGUUGUCAAGGAAAACGCAGGUGACAUUCGGCAAUUGGCGGACGGGAUGUUAACGCACAUACCUGCGUUGAAUGCGUUGAAUUGCGACGCCGACAAGUGGGACGCGUUAUUAAUUCAUAUAAUCAUGUCUAAAUUGGACAAUAUAACAUCGCGAGAAUGGCACGCGUCGCUACAAGGAACUGAAUUAUCCACGUUCGUGGAAUUGACCGACUUUCUUGCGCGCCACAGUCAGGUCUUGGAGGAAUCGGCCAGGAGGGACAAUAGUGUAUCGGACCGUUCCCAUUCUUGUUCACAGGCGCGAUCGGGCUUCGGGCGAUGCGCGCUGCACGCAAUAGUAGAGAGGGGAAAGUGCGCGUAUUGCGAGGACGCACAUUUAAUUUAUUACUGCAAAAAUUUCUUAGCACUUUUGAUAAGCCGACGCAUAGGCGAGAUGCGCGGCAGAAAAACAUGCCUAAAUUGCUUACGCAGUCGCGAUCAUGUGGCGGCUGAGUGUCCGUCAAGCGGCUGUAGGACAUGUAAGCAGAAACAUAACACUUUGCUACAUCUUUCUAAGGAGGGGAGGAAGAUCAGUGACCCACAGGCUGACGGUUCGGCGUCGGACGGUUCGUCUUCGGCCGCGGCUGACUCGGCUUCCGUAGUGGCUCAUGGAGCGAUUGGAGGGGGAAGCGCGGACGCGUUUUUCCCGACGGCGCUCGUCUAUAUCUACGGCGCGAACGGUUCGCGCGUUACGUGCCGUGCGCUGUUGGAUUCGAGAGCUCAGGCAAACUUCAUUACGCGCAAAUGCUUGAAGACAUUAAAACUGAAUACGCGUUUGGUAAAUAUAUCAAUAUCGGGCAUGGGCGGCGCGAUGUUCGUCUCGAACCGAGUAGCGCGAAUUAGAUUGCGGUCGCGUCUGAGCUCGUUCGAAAGCGAAUUUGAUUGCUUCGUAGCCGAAAAAAUUACCGACAGAAUUCCGACAAGUACGCUGAGGCGUCAGGCGUUCAGGCUGCCGUCCGGCAUUGAUCUGACAGAUCCGAAAUUUUACGUGUCGAAUAUCGAUUUGCUGAUCGGUACCGACUUGUUCUGGCGAUUGCUAUGCGUGGGCCAAAUUCAGGCGACGUCCGAGCAUCCCAUAAUUCAGAAGACUCGCGUGGGUGGUAACGGCUACACCAGGGAGGAGCAGGCGUGCGUGGAUCACUUUAUGCGCAACGUGUCGAAUAGCGGGAAGGACCGAUAUAUCGUGGAGUUGCCUCUCAGAAGGGAUAUAGUUCAGCGACUCGGCGAGUCGCGCAAAACUGCCAUGAAACGUUUUCUGGGACUGGAAAAACGACUCAACCGUGACUCCGUCUUGAAACGUGCUUAUGUAGAUUUUCUGCGCGAAUAUCUCUUGUUGGGACAUAUAAGAAUCGCACCUGCAAGUCCGACCGGAAGCAGACCCAUUUACUUACUCCAUCACGAGGUAAUCAAGGGAAACGGGUGA